AUAGCUGACUAAUGAGAAAGGUCAGGAGACACUGUGACAGGACGGCUGCUGGCAGACAGGGGACACAGGACGCAGACACGUCUGUAUACACUAAGGGUUAGGGGUGUGCCCAGGACUGUAAUGAAGCGUGACUCUCUGCCCUCCGGCUACGUCGUGUGAUCCUUGCUCAGGAUGUCUGGAUGCCCCAGGUGGAGAGGGAUAAGCCCGGCCAACGGAGGCCAGAACCAGAAAUGUCUCCGCACCAAGAACUGGGAGAACCGGACCCUGUCCUACGACACGCUGAACGUGCAGGCUGCCCAGGAUGUGGCCUGCACCAGAGCGCGGUGCCUGGGCUCCGUGAUGUUUCCAUCCCAGAUGACGUGUCCUCAGCCGCAAGAAGCAAAAGUCCCAGAAGAAGUUCUCCCCAAUGCCAAGGACUUCAUCAACCAAUACUACACCUCCAUCAAACGAUCGCAGUCGAAGGCUCACGUGGAGCGCCUGAAGGAGGUGGAACAGGAGAUUCUGGCCACAGGAACCUAUCAACUCAAGGAGACUGAGCUGAUCUUUGGGGCCAAGCAGGCAUGGAGGAACGCAGCACGAUGUGUGGGCAGGAUUCAGUGGUCAAAGCUUCAGGUAUUUGAUGCCAGGGAUUGUAGAAGCACGCAUGAGAUGUUCACCUACAUUUGCAACCACAUCAAGUAUGCCACCAACAAAGGGAACAUCAGGUCGGCCAUCACCAUCUUCCCUCAGAGAAUAGAUGGAACCUCAGAUUUCAGGAUCUGGAAUAGUCAGCUAAUUCGGUAUGCGGGAUACAGGCAGGAGGAUGACACGGUCAUUGGGGAUCCUAUCAACGUGGAGCUGACGGAGCUCUGUGUCCAGCUGGGCUGGAAACCUAAGGGCGGAAGAUUUGACGUGCUGCCUCUGCUUCUACAAGCUAAUGGAAAUGAUCCAAAACUGUUUGAAAUUCCUCCGGAACUUGUCCUGGAAGUGCCUCUCCGACACCCAAACUAUGAGUGGUUUGCAGAAUUGGGGCUGAAGUGGUACGCAUUGCCUGCGGUCAGCAGCCUGCUCCUGGAGAUUGGGGGUCUGCAGUUCCCUGCGGUGCCGUUUAAUGGCUGGUACAUGAGCACGGAGAUCGGGAUGAGGAAUUUGUGUGAUUCCUAUCGAUACAAUAUAAGUGAGGUUGUGGCCCAACAUCUGGGUCUGGACACCAAGAAAACAUCGUCCCUGUGGAAAGACAGAGCAGCCUUAGAGAUUAACAUUGCGGUCCUAUACAGCUACCAGAGCGAUAAGGUCACCAUAGUGGACCACCACGCUGCUACAGAAUCCUUCAUGAAGCACUUGGAGCACGAGACCCGAUUGCGGGGAGGUUGCCCAGCGGACUGGAUCUGGAUUGUACCACCAAUGUCUGGCAGCCUGACGCCCGUAUUCCACCAGGAAAUGGUCAACUACCACCUCUCCCCCUCCUUCCUAUACCAGACUGACCCAUGGAAGCACCAUAUCUGGAAGGGAUCUCAGAGUACUAUCACUAGGAAGAGAACCUUCAAAGAAGUUGCAAAUGCAGUGAAGUUCUCGGCUAAGCUGAUGGGACAAGCCAUGGCCCGCAGGGUAAAAGCUACAAUCCUCUAUGCCACAGAAACCGGUCGCUCUGAGAGCUACGCUCAGAAGCUCUGCCACAUCUUCGCAUAUGCGUUCGACCCCAGGGUGAUCUGUAUGGACCAGUACGAUACCGUCAAUCUGGAGCAUGAGACGCUGGUGUUGGUGGUCACUAGCACGUUCGGUAAUGGGGAUCCCCCAGAGAAUGGUGAGACCUUUGCCCAGGAAUUGAUGGAGAUGACCUCUCCUAAUGUCAGCGCUCUCCAGCCAGAGCAACAGAAAAGCUACAAGACCCGUUUCAAUAGUGUUUCCCAGACCGACCUUCUCGUCACCACCUGGAAGAAUAAACGGAAGGAAUCAAGUAAUACAGACAGCGCCGGGCCCCUGGGCACACUCAGGUUCUCUGUCUUUGGCCUGGGUUCCCGAGCGUAUCCUCAUUUCUGCGCCUUUGGACAUGCAGUGGACACGCGGCUGGAGGAGCUGGGAGGGGAACGUAUCCUGGAAAUGGGAGAAGGGGAUGAGCUCUGCGGCCAGGAGGACUCAUUCCGUGCUUGGGCCAAGACUGUGUUCAAGGCUGCGUGCGACACUUUCUGCGUUGGAGAUGACACUGACUUAAAUAUCCACGACUUCUUCAAAGCUAAAGGCAGCUACCAGAGGUCCAUGUACAGGAUGUCCAUCCAGGCCUCGUCUCCUGACCUUAUUACGGGACUUUCUCAAGUGCAUAAAAGAAAAAUCUACGAGACAACAUUUAUUUCCAAGGAGAACCUGCAAAGUGAAAAAUCCAGUCGCUCCACAAUCCUCAUCAAGCUGGACACUGAUGGACAGAGUGAGCUCAGAUAUUCUCCUGGAGACCACCUGGGGGUCUACCCAUGUAACCGUGAGGAGCUGGUGUUGGCUUUGCUGGAACGUGUGGAAGAUCCUCCACCUGCCAAUGACACUGUACAAGUGGAGACCAUGGAGAAGGACUGGCGUCUGGCAUCUGGACGGAAGGCAACCUGGGUCUCAGAUACCAGAAUUCCUCCCUGCACAUUGCGCCAGGCACUUACUAAUUAUCUGGACAUAACAACACCCCCCACACCCCAACUCCUGCAGUUGUUGAGCGCCCUAAGUGAGGAUCCAGAUGAACGUCAGAGACUGGAGAUCCUCAGCCAGGAUGCCCGUCAGUACGAGGAAUGGAAAUGGUUCCGAUGCCCUAAUCUGGUGGAGGUACUGGAAGAAUUUCCAUCUGUUUGCAUCCCGAGCUCUCUACUCCUCACACAGCUGCCCCUCCUCCAGCCUCGUUACUACUCUAUCAGUUCAUCCUUGGACGCUAACCCUAACCAGAUACACCUCACUGUGGCGGUCGUAUCGUACCACACUCAGGAAAAUAAAGGUCCUCUCCACUAUGGGGUUUGCUCUACGUGGCUGGAUCAGCUGUCUCCUGGCUCCUCUGUCCCUUGCUUUGUCCGAGGGGCGCCAUCCUUCCGCUUACCCUCUGACGUAACCGUUCCCUGUAUUUUGGUGGGGCCUGGGACUGGUAUCGCACCCUUCCGGGGCUUCUGGCAGCAGAGACUCUAUGACAUAGAAAACAAAGGUCUGGUACCCGGGGAAAUUACUUUAGUAUUUGGCUCAAGAUGUGCUGAACUUGAUCACAUUUACAAAGACGAAACUUACGAUGCCCAAAAGAAGGGCGGCCUCAGCCAGAUCUACACAGCCUUCUCACGGCAGCCAGACUCUCCAAAGACCUAUGUACAGGACAUUUUGCGUACGCAGCUUGCGUGUCACGUAUACGAUAUGCUGCAUAACCAGGACGGACAUAUGUAUAUAUGUGGGGAUGUAACUAUGGCAACUGAUGUCCUGCAGACUGUACAACUCAUACUGGUGUCUCAGGGAGAUAUGAGCAUCGUUGAGGCUGGAGACUACAUCGGGGAGCUAAGGGACCAGAACAGAUAUCAUGAGGACAUAUUUGGCAUCACACUGAGGACGCAGGAGGUGACCUCUCGUGUUCGGUGUCAGUCCAUGUCUCUUCAAGAUAAGCGGGAGGCAUGAUGUGUGCAGAAGAACGGAUGCAUGAGAUGAUCAUAUUGGGAGAUGAAGACAUUGUACACAUUACAUAUUAGAUAGGUACACACACAUAUGUAUAUACACCUUGUGUAAUGAGAUAAGCGAUCAUCUGUAACUAGUGACACAAAUGUAUAGUUACAAGGUAUGACUAGCACAUGUGCCGGAACUCCCACCAGCCAAUGUGGUGUCGUUAUGGUCUCGCACUGGACUAGACCCUGAAAGCUAGCAUGUAUUGGCUGUGAUAGAUUACAAAACAUAUUGUUUUAUUUGUACCAGACUGUGCACCGUGUGUAAGGUAACGCUACUUACACACGUGUCAUCCAUACAUGUACACUGAACACUGUGCAUCUGGCUUACAUAUAAGUAUGACACAGUUACACACUAACUGCACAUGGACCGUCGACGUCCCCUCGUGUACACACACUGGAGGUAGACAUGCAAAACAAAGAGGAACCUGGUGCCUCAUACCUCACUAAUGUCACCAGCUCUGGCUAAGUAUGGGCUCAGCUCACAAGAUGUCCGCUCCAAGUGCAUAGACUUUACAGAUGAAUAUGGAUCUGAAUGACGCAGAUUGCAUUUAUUUUCAUCCCAUGUAAUUAUAUUUUACUCAUUAAUAAAGAGCGGAUAUGUUGAUUCA